UCUCGUUCCAAAUACGUAGUUGAUCGAAUCAGCACUUUCAUGGCGAAAUUACCACACAAAACCACAGCACAAAACAGUACUACCACUGCCAGUAAUGGUGUUACUAAGGUGAAGAGAACUAGGAGAAGUGUUCCAAGAGACUCACCUCCUCAACGCAGCUCCAUUUAUCGAGGGGUCACCAGACAUAGAUGGACAGGUCGAUAUGAAGCUCAUCUAUGGGACAAGAACUGCUGGAACGAAUCACAAAACAAGAAAGGACGUCAAGUUUAUCUUGGUGCUUAUGGUGAUGAAGAAGCAGCGGCACAUGCUUAUGAUUUAGCAGCACUCAAAUAUUGGGGUCCAGAUACCAUACUUAACUUUCCGUUAUCAACGUACGAGAAGCAGUUGAAAGAAACGGAGAACCAGUCGAGAGAAGAGUAUAUCGGAUCAUUGAGAAGGAAAUCUAGUGGUUUCUCUAGGGGAGUCUCGAAAUACAGAGGCGUUGCUAGACAUCAUCACAAUGGUAGAUGGGAGGCUCGCAUUGGGAGAGUGUUUGGAAACAAGUACCUUUAUCUUGGGACAUAUGCUACUCAGGAAGAAGCUGCUACAGCAUAUGAUAUGGCUGCUAUAGAGUACCGAGGAUUAAAUGCAGUGACAAACUUUGAUUUAAGCCGUUACAUCAAAUGGCUUAAGCCUAACCAAAUGAACGCAGAAAAUAACCCUAACCCUAACGUGAUAGACACUACAACUACUACACCAAUGGCAACACCAAAUCCUGAUCUAAUCUUCUUGAACAACAACCAGCAGCUUCAACCAUCCAGUGUACCUAGUGAAACCUUGUUGACUCAGACCCGGCCCGUGACUGCCACAUCGGCCCUAGGGCUUCUCCUUCAAUCCUCGAAAUUCAAGGAGAUGAUGGACAUGACAUCGGCUUCUGCUACCGAUAACCAAUGCCAGUCGACACCGGCUGUACCAGAACCGGUGCAGUGCAGAUUCCCCGAAGACGUACAAACGUACUUCGAAUGUCAAGAUCCGAACUGUUACGGAAAUGGUGACGAACUCCUUUUCGGCGAGAUCAACUCCUUCGGACCACCAAUGUUCCGGUGCGACCAGCUUGAUGCCUAGAGGAGUACAAGAAUUUUAGUGCUUGAUGACAUCUCUAGCUUUUUUAUAUAUUUAUUAUUUUUUGAAGAGAUUUUGUUUAUU